AAACGCAAAAAAGGGUUGUAGUUUUGAGCUCAGUAUUUGGGUUUAGAGUCUUCUCUGUAAAAGGUCUGGGAGCAGCAGAUGAGAGCCACUGCCUUCCCAGUGUCAUAAUUUCACAUAGACAUCCACAGCGUGCAACGGUCUAAAAGCAUCCCCAAUUAUUUUGUUCUUCACGAGAAAACCCUUUCCCUCAUCUUUUUUCUUUUUAAAAUUUUUUAUUUGAAUUUUUUUGCCUUUUAUAUGGUAAUAAUAAUGAGUUGAAGACGCGGUAGAUAAAGCUUGACAGUGAAUGUAAAGAAGGAAUCUGAGCUGCCAAAUGCCUUUUCCUUUCAUCUUCCCUUUUCAAGCUAUCAAAAACUAUGCCUGACGAUCUCUGCUUCUUAUCUAAGAAAGAAGCAAACCCAGAUUUUCUGUUCAGAUUGAGAUAUACCACCAACAAGAUAUUAGAUAUAUUGGAACUCUUCUAUGAUACUUUCAUCAUAAAGGCCCCCAAGAAGUCUACACUUUUGCUUAGGAUGAUUGUUUUGGUGUUUGUAAUGGUAUGUGGUGUCUAUAUAUGCUCAGUUUGUCUUAAGCAAAUUAGCAUCCACAACAGUGCUGGAAUUUUAACUCUUGGAGUGAUUGAAAAGCCAUGCCCAGAACCUAAUAUUGAACCUUGGGAGAUUCCUUAUGUACACUACCCAAAACCCAAAACUUAUAGCAGGGCUGAAUGCGCGUGCAAUCCGGUGCGGCAUUUUGCGAUUCUUUCAAUGCAGAGAUCUGGGAGUGGAUGGUUCGAGACUUUAUUAAAUAACCACACUAACAUAAGCUCAAAUGGAGAGAUUUUUUCUGUUAAAGUGAGGAGGAGUAAUGUUUCAAUGAUUACGGAAACUCUGGACACAAUUUAUAAUCUGGACUGGCUAAGUAGUGCUUCCAAGAAUGAGUGCACUGCAGCAGUUGGUUUAAAGUGGAUGCUCAAUCAGGGUGUGAUGCAACAUCAUGAUCAAAUAGUGGAGUAUUUUAAGACCAGAGGUGUUUCAGCUAUCUUUCUCUUCAGGAGAAACCUUUUGCGCAGGAUGAUUUCAGUACUUGCGAAUUCCUAUGAUCGACAAGCUAAACUGUUAAACGGGACCCACAAGUCUCAUGUUCAUUCACCUGAUGAGGCAGAAAAACUAGCUAGAUACAAACCCUAUAUUAAUGCUACUUUGCUGAUACCCAAUCUGGAGCUAGUAGAAGACACAACUGCAAAAGCAUUAGAGUACUUCAAGAGCACCAGGCACAUAAUUCUUUACUACGAGGAUAUCGUUAAAAAUCACACUAAAUUGCUAGAGGUUCAAGAUUUUCUGAAGGUUCCACAUAGUGAUCUUAGGAGUCGUCAAGUAAAGAUACAUAAAGGAUCCUUAUCAAACCUGGUUGAGAAUUGGGAUGAAGUCCAAAAGGCUAUCAAAGGAACACAUUAUGAAAGCUUCCUGUUUGGAGACUACAGGAGGUAAAACUACUGGAAAAUGAUGUACAUAGGAUGCUAGAUAUCUGACCUUUUUUCCCAUUUAAUUUUAUAGUUCUAGGAGCCAACAGGAAUUCUAUCCUGCUGAAGUUUUGGCUACAAACUUUGGAUUUUGUUUUCAGUUUCUUGUUUCUGAUUUUCUUUUUUUGUCCCACCAGAUUAAUAUUCCAUUUAUUCUUUUUGCUCUUUGUCACUUUAUUUGGAGAAACUCUGUUGUACUAAAGCUAACUGAGAGAAAGAAUAGUUUGCAUUUUCUUGCCUUGUUCA